GCUCAAACUUAUGCUAGUCAUUUCGAAAUGGAUGUAUACCUUGUUAAUUUCUUUCUAAGUGGUCAUAAACCGCCUUCAGUACUUGAUGAUAUUCUAGAAGAAAUCAUUAUAAUUAAUGUUGAACACAAUAGAGCACCUCCUACAAAAACUUUGAUUAACGGUGUCGAAGAAUGUUUGUUGAACGUCGGUUAUAAUAUAAUUGGUGAAGGUUUGUGA